UAGGUUAUUGACGGUACACUUCCCGAAUUCCUUUUAUUUUUAUUGAAAUAAUCAGAUUUUCAGACACGAUAUGAGUUAUUUACGCGUUUCUGUUAUUUUCGAAUGAUAAUUUACGUGCGAUAAAUGAUACGAGUAGAAUGGAAUAUGUGUUUUAUUAUUUGUGUUAGUCGUAGGAAUUUCGUAACUUGGUAUUAAAAUCUGCGUUUCUUUUGUAAAUUCUUUGUUUUAACUGUUAUCAAAAUGCGGUGUUGUGCUCUUGGCUGCAAGAACGACUCCCGGCACAUGUCCAAGUCUCAAGGGAUCACAUUUCAUGUUUUUCCAGUGGAGCCAAGCUACCGUUCAUCGUGGAUGCAUGCCCUCGGCAAGAAGCAGUGGAAGCUGAAAGAACGUAGAGCGGUUUGCUCUGACCACUUCCUCCCUGAAGACUUGUACGAGACCAAGAGUGGUCUUCGGAGAGUACGGCCUGGCGCUGUGCCUAUAGUUCUGCAGGAUGUUUCUGUUUGUGAGUUUGGACAGCCAGCUAGGGUGAUGGUGUGCAGGAUAUGCCUGGUGACAGACAGCAAACUGUUUGCGAUAAAUAAGUACAAACUAGAGCAGGCCUACCAACACCUUACAGGGUUGACAUUGAAUCAAGACGACAAAUUACCACAAAUGUUGUGUCCAGAGUGCGCGCAAAGACUUCUCAAUUACAACAAGUUCAAAAAUAAGAGUCUAAGGGCCAACUCCAUACUGAAUGAACUAGUGAAGAAGCAGGACAAUCUUUCAUUGAAGAGUAUAAAAUCAAUAGAUAGACAUAGCAAUUAUCUGUCAUCCACAUUAGCGCCUAAAGUGUAUAGACCGGAUCAUUUUGAUUUGCACAUACAAGACCCACGUGGAGAUGUUGUUGUGGUGAAAGAUGAAUCCAAUGAGGUGUAUAUAAAUGAAGAAGAAGACUAUGCUGAUGAUCAAAUGAAAGAUGAUAAAUUCGAAGAAGAAAAGCAUUCGUUGAAGACUAUAAAAACAAAAGAGAGAGAUAGUCGCCUGUCAUCUGCACUACCGCGUAAAGUAUAUAACAUACAAGGCUCGCAUAGAGACGUUGAAGUGAACUUAGAAGUCGAUGUCGUGAAAGAUGAAUCCAACGAGGUGUUCAUAAAUGAAGAAGAAGAUUUUGCUGAUGAUCAAAUGAAAGAUGAUAAAUUCGAAGAAGAAAAGGUUUCUGAAGAUGUACCUGAAGAAACAAUUGCUGAGGAGACGGAGCAGAUGGAUAAUGAUAAUGACUUAGACCAUAACUAUGCAGCUACGUACAAGGAUUCCGCAGACUCAUCGGAUGACAGCGAGCCGCUGGAAACGAAAAGGAUGAAAAAGAAGGUUAAGCCGAAACCGAAGUUCCAAGAGGACACAGUAAAGAAAGUGAGGAAGAGGCAGGCGAGCAAGGAGCCCGCGGAACCCAAGAUAGACAGGAGGAGGAAACCAUUCCUGAACGAUGACCUCAACGAGACGCUGUUCACAAUCACGGACCUCACUUUUGAAGAACAGGUCGCGGAAAUCUUGAAACGACAAGAGAGUGCUAACUAUAAGAACGCUAUAUACAAAUGUACGGAGUGUUUCAAGGGAUUUUUGGACGAAGACGCCUACAAUGGACAUAUGAGUCGACAUACUAAGGACUGCGGAGAUUACAAGUGUGACAUCUGCAAGACUCACUUCAAACACCCCCACGCGCUCAGGAAGCAUAUAACGGCGCAUCACACACAGAGGUUCAGUUGCAACCAGUGUCUUUAUGUUACUACACAUCGACAAACGGCAAGGCUACACGAGAGAUGGCAUAAAGGUACGAAAUACCAAUGCCCACACUGCCCGGAAGAAUUUGUCAAAUUCACAACAUACAUGGGCCACGUUCGCAUCAAGCACCCUUCAGACUUCGUCUGUCAGCUGUGUGGGUUCUCAUUCGUCAGCGAGAAAGGGAUAGAACUCCACAAGAAGCUCAAACACAGACUCCAUAACGACGAGAUCCCAGAGGAUGGGCCUCUCUGUGAGUUGUGCAAUCUCCGGUUCGUGUCCUCAGAGGCUCUCAGGCAGCACAUACGAGUUUCCGCCAGGCAUAAUACUACAGAUAAGGACCAACGUGAAUCGAACAAGCCUAAGAAAGGUCGCAAAUCGAAGGAAGCUAAGGAACGGGAGAGGAGGGCAAAGGACAAGAAUAUGAGGGAGUUGGAGGACAAGCGAAGGGUGUACCCUAGCCAAAUGAGGAAGGCUGAGGGACCCAUACCCUGCGAACAGUGCGGCAUGCAGCUGGAGGACUCCCGCGCAUACCACGGCCACUUCCGGCGCGCGCACCCCGACAAGAACCGCACCAACUACCCCUCCAUGAAGUCGCCCUGCAUGUGCGAGGUCUGCGGCAGGAUGUUCCAGAGCUACGCGCUCCUGAAAGACCACACGUGGACUCACACAGGCGAGAGACCGUUCAAGUGUGACGCGUGCGGGAAGUGUUUCCGCAUGAAGCAGAGGCUGGUGGCGCACAGGCGGGUACACUCGCAGAUGAAGGCGAGCUACGCGUGCGAGCUGUGCGGGAAACACUUCUCCACGCAGAGCAACCGCCAGAGACAUAUGUUUAUCCACACUGGCCUAAAGCCGUUCAAAUGCGAAAUGUGCGGUAAAUGCUUCAAACACGCGAGUGAGAAGCGAGCCCACAUCACAUACGUGCAUCUGAAGAAGCCCUGGCCGAAGAGGAGUCGAGGGAAGAGGAGGAGCGACAGUAGACAGGGCACGCUCCCACCCCCGUCGGCGAUCCCUACGAGUGCGAGCGAGAUGGACAUAGUGCCACCCCUGUGGCCCACAUGUGACCCUAAGUUAGACCAUAUGAAUGACAUGAUGCAUAGAAAGACGGAGAAGGAUUGGAGACACUUGCGGUGCGGAGCUGAAGGAUGGAACGAAUAAGAUACAUAAAGUCAAGCCCGUCAUCCCUAAUGGGCUGGGCAGAGUAACCAGAAAACUAGCAGCCACUUUUUUUUUUUGAGUUAUAUCUGCAAUCAGUAAGCGUCCGUUUGUGUUACUAUGAGCAGAUGAGCUGAAGGGGAACUUGACUUUAUGAGAGACAUAUCCACUGACAUAUCCUCAGCAAUUAGCAGGGGACCUGCUUCAAUAAUGAGGUGAUUCAGAAACUUUAAUCCAUUUCCGUCUCCAUGAUAGGCCGUCUUUUAAGACGACGGAUUUGGUUCAUUUGCAGGAGCUCCUGAGCGAGGUGGUUGGGAUGUUGCUCAAGGCGAGUUCUGUAGAUUUUGCUCAGGUUAUCAAUCUCUUGUUUGACGGUGAGAACAUUUAAAUGGUGAUGAAUUUAAAGCAGCCACUGUUGAUACGAAGUUAUUUGGACAUGAUGAACCUUACGGUGACAAGGGAUCAAUACAUCGCUCAUAACCCUUAGGCCGGGUUUCCACUGACGCGGAUAUGGGCGGAGAAGAGCGGAGAUGUGCGGAUUUGACCAAUCACAGCGUUCGAGAGAGCGAAAAACGAAGACGCUCUGUCACUCUCUCCCUCACGGUGAUUGGUCGAUUCCUGCACAUCUCCGCACAGCUCCGCGUUAAUGGAAACUCAGCUAUAAAAUGAAAACACGUAAGUUCCUUUUUGAUAAAUUACAUUCGGAUGACAUUUUUAUUAACAAAAUCUUUUACGGAGUAAAGUAGUCAAAAAUUAUUUGAAAUAAAAUAUAACUAAGUUUUGUUGAAGAAAACGAACAAAACCUCAGAAAAAAAAGGCACGGAAAAUGUCGCUUCUGUAAUUU